AUGCUGUGGCUGCUGGUCAAGACCCUCCCCUGCCUGGGGCGCUCCGUGCCUGUGACCCCGGGCCCCAGCUCAGGACGUGGGCUGGUGGGCACCAUGGGGGGCUGCGAUGUCUCGGCCAGGAGCUACCCGUGGCAGGUAAGCCUGAGGUUCUACAAUAGGACAGUUGGCCGGUGGAUACACUUUUGUGGGGGGUCGCUCAUUCACCCCCAGUGGGUGCUGACUGCUGCCCACUGUGUUGAAAGGAAAAGCCUGCAGGCUUCUGCCAUCAGGGUCCAAGUCGGGCAGCUGAGACUCUAUGACCAUGACAAGCUGACCAAAGUGUCCAAGAUUGUCCAACACCCCAAUUACAACCAAAUCCUCUCUGCUGAGGGGGGUGCGGACAUCGCUCUGCUGAGGCUGCAGGCCCCCGUGAGCCUCUCCCAUCACGUCCAGGUGGUCUCCCUCCCGCCUGCCUCGCUGAGGGUCCCCGAGGGGAAGAUGUGCUGGGGCAGCGUCACGGUUCACUAGCCCCUGCCCCCGCCCUACCAUCUGCAGGAGGUGGAGGUGCCCGUCGUGGGGAAUCAGGUUUGUAACCUACACUAUCGGAAACUUGCAAACGCCACCAAGCCAAUCAAAGAUGACAUGCUGUGUGCCGGGAGCGAGGGCCAGGACUCCUGCCAGGGUGACUCCGGGGGUCUGGUGUGCCUCUGGAAAUGCUCCUGGGUCCAGGUGGGAGUUGUCAGCUGGGGCCACAAGUGUGCACUCCCCGACUUCCCUGGGGUGUACACCCAGGUGACCAGCUACAUGUCCUGGAUCCUCCAGUACGUCCCACUGUCCCCAGGGCCCUAG